UUUAAACAUUUCAACUUAUUUUACAUCCUGUUUUAAUAUUAUAAUGGCAUUGACAUUAAGUAAAUGUGAAAACAUUUGACUGAGCAGGUUAUAUUAGCAGCAAUUUAGAUUCAUAUAAUAUAAUUGGUUUUUGAGAAUGAAUGUAUACAUUCUAAGCAUUGACAUUUAGUAAAUGUGAUAACAUUUGGCUGGACAGGUUAUGUUAGCAACAAUUAAAAUUCAUAUAAUGUAAUUGGUUUUUGAGAAUGAAUGUAUACAUUCUAAUUUAUUUUAAAUCCUGUUUGUAAUAAUUUAAAUUCAUGUAAUGUAAUUUGCUGUUGUAUAUGAACAUGUUUCAGCACCCAUCUAAGGUAAGGUUAUUGUAGAAAUUUAUUCUAGGAGGGUAUUGACCAUGGUAAAAGGUGAAUGUCAUAAACAUUUGGCUGGGAUAGGUUAUGUUAGCGUCAAUUUAAAGUCAUGUAAUGUGAUUUUGCUGUUGUACCUGUAUGUUCAUGUUUUAGCAGGUUUCUAUAAUGUAAGGCUAUGACCAUUUGUAUACUUAAUUAUUGAAGUAGUGGUAAAAAUCUGUGUAUAAAAGACAGAGGGUAUUCUCUAAUAUUCACCAGUCUUCAAGAUUUCAUCCCAGGACAAGAAGCUCAGUUCAACAGAAAUACUACCAAAAUAAAAUGUCGUACCGUACAAUUGCUUCAACUGAUUCAGAGAAUGAACAUUUUAGCGAAUCAAUUGAUAUAAGACCGUCUUUUUCAAAAACAAAACCUGGAUCAAAACGUUCUGCAGAAAAAACAAGUGUUAAAAAACCUAUGAAAAAGAAGCAGAAUAAAAUGAAUGCAUCAUACAGAGAUAAUAUCAGCGAACGCUUGAGAUCAGAAGAUUUUGAUGUUGAAGUAUUUAAUUCGCUAACAUUCAGACAAGGAGAUGGCGUUGUGACAAUAAAGACGCCUUUUGAAGAAAAAGGAAAGGAUCUUUGGGUGCUAAGUCAUUAUAAGGUUACUAACAUCGAGAAUGUACCAGUAAAGGACAGAUGGAAGUUCAGUGAAGCUACUGUUAGAUUGUACACGACCGACGAAUCAAAAGAUCAAACACUUCAUACUGGUCUUAAUGAGACAAUGCAAAUUAUAUUUGAUAAAUUACUAACCGAUCCAAAGCGUCAAACUAUUAAAAGCAAGACGGUUGUUUGAUUAUUAUACGGAAAAAUGAGUUUCAUUUAAUAAAACAAAAUAUUAUUAUACA